CACAAGUCUCUGUAUGAUAGAGACAAGAAUCAUGGAACUUUAUCAAGGAGAGCAGGAGCGAUGGGUGAAUGCCACUAAAGAGAAAAUAUGUGAGCAUAGUUGAGUGGAAAACAACUCUAGUCUGCUGCACCAAAUUGUUGAUAUCAGUGAUGUGGACCGUGAAGGUGGUUGGCCUGGGGGUGGUGGCCCUCUCUCUGGAGCUGCUUGCCUGGUUCCUUCGUCGCCGCAGGCCUGAGAGAACCCUGAAUGAGGUCCUCUUCUUCCCUUCAGAAAUGACCUGUGUGGAGCACUUCUUCCGUCCCUCUUCACCUCAUUCCUGUUUCUGUUCGUUGCCUCAUGGUAUAGAGACCUCUUUCGCCCGUCUUCUCCACCACCUCCUAUCUGCUACAUCCUCUCUGGAUUUGUGUGUUUUUGCCUUUUCGAACAUGGAUCUGUGCAGGGCUAUACUAGCCCUGCAUAGAAAGGGCAUUAUCAUCAGAGUCCUCACUGACAAGGACUAUACCGCCAUCACUGGCUCUCAGAUAGGGAUCCUCCGCAAGUCUGGGAUCUGUGUGCGGUGUGGCGUGGGCUCUGUGUACAUGCAUCACAAGUUUGCAGUGAUGGACCAUCGGCUCCUCAUCACCGGCUCCCUCAACUGGACGCUGACAGCAGUGCAGAGCAAUAUGGAGAACAUCGUUAUCACUGAGGAGCCAGAGCUGGUGCAACCUUUCAUCAAGGAGUUCCACAGGUUAUGGGUGGACAGUGAUCCAGCUCGAUACCACCGAUCAAUUGACCAAAAACCUGCUCAGUCAGAGCUCCUGAGAGAGCUUUGAGGUAGAAGGUGUGCAUCUAAAAGCUCUACAAUUAGCUUGGCCAGAAACUGCCUCUAGGAUCUGUUUUUUUUUUUUUUUUUUUUUACUGUGAAGAGGCUCUGUUACUCUAAGUUUUGGAAGACUUGUUCAUGUUAAAGAGAAGAUGUUACUGUACAACAUGACUGGAGUUUUAAGGCAUGUUUUUUCAAUAUUUCUAAGAGAACAGCUCUGAUUUUGAAAGAGACUGAUUUAUAAGAAGGAGUCUGGUUUAUGUGUUUCAUCUUUGUAUUUGUUUUAUUUUACUAUGUACAAAAACACUCCUGUUGAAGUGCUGCAGUAGUUGUACAGCUUGGCAGACAUAACACUAGGAUAAUAUCCACAACAUAGGGUUGGGCUGGUUUAAAAGAGAAAUUGUCUUGUUUUUGUUAGGUGAGAAUAUUUCUUACAUUCCUAAAUUCAAGUUUGUGUUUUUAUAUAUUGUCACAGGUUGACAGUGUUUAAUUACAGUUGUUUUAUUCAAAGAUUUCCACUAGUGACCAAAUUGAUCUUGUUUCUUCAUGGUCAUUACAUGAUGAAUAAUCUAUUAUGUGAUUUUUCCCUCUCAGAACUAAGGGGAAUAUGUAUGCUAGUUAGGAGCUUGAGUUUAAUACCUUUCCACAGUUCACGUUGUGCACAGUAUAACUCGAAAUUACACUGGCUGUAAAAAUCCAGUAUAUUGUUUAGGGUGUGCUACUGCAAUCUCAGGGACUAUAGGUUGCCAAGUACCAAUAAAAACUCUCACACUGCA